GCCCAGCCCAAUAAGAGCCUUGAUAAAGAUAGACGCAGAGCACACUUGUAUACUAACCUAACUUGUUCACAAAGUCUCUCUGAUCAUCUGGACGAAACCAUGCGCGAUAGCAACGAAACGACCGACCCAAGUCCGCCGAUGGUUUUUCACAAGGAUGCCAAGACACGUGUGUUUUGGGAUGUCGAUGAUUACCCAAUCCCAGAAGGUCUCGAGCCUGCUUCGGUUUAUCAGAGUAUGAAAGAGGCUAUUGAGAAGCAGCUGGGUUGUCAUGGGGAGGUGACAAUUCAUGCUUAUGCUGAUAAGAAUGCUACCACAUUCUCGGAAGCUGAAUUUAAGGAUGCUGGAUUCGAAUUCGAAGUAUUGACCGAAGUGGGUAAAAAUUCGAGGUUUUGGUGCAUGUAUGCUGACAUAAAGUUGUGGCAAUUGGAAAACCCUUCACCAGCAAAUAUGAUUAUACUCGCAAAAAUCGUCGAAGAGCACCACAUGCCUUAUUGUAUCAAAGCCUUGACAAGAAUGAAUUUUCCUGGUGGAAGCUCAGCUUCGUUGUUGACUAGCACCAUACUCAAGUCAAAAGCCAUCUUCCACCCAAGUCCGCCGCUUCUGAAAUUUCACAAGGAUGCCAAGACACGUGUGUUUUGGGAUGUCGAUGAGAUCCCAAUCCCAAAAGGUCAGGAUCCUGCUUGGAUUUAUCAGAGUAUGAAAGAGGCUAUGGAGAAGCAGUGUUUUCACGGGGAGGUGUCAAUUCUUGCUUAUGCUGAUAAGAAUACUACAACAUUCUCCCAAGGUGAAUUUAAGGAUGCUGGAUUCGAAGUCGAAGUCAUAGCCGAAGAGGGUAAACAUGCGAGGUUUUGGUGCAUGUAUGCUGACAUUAUGAUGUGGGUAUUGCAAAACCCUGCACCAGCAAAUGUGAUUCUACUCGCAAAAAUCAUCGACAAAGAAAUCAUCGAACCUAACAGUUUGCCUUAUCGUAUUGGACGUUUGAGUGGCCGUUGGGGUUAUGGGGUUCUCUUAUCCGGACCUGAACAAGAAUGGGAAUGGCUAUUUUCUGGUGGAGGCUCUGCCUCGUUCUUGACUAGCAUACUCGAAAGCUAG